AUGCUCUUCAAGAAUCUCUUCGCACUCGUCGCUUCAGCUUCUGUCGCUGUUGCUUUCCCUGGCUACUCUGCAGUGCCUCCCAAGUCUUCUUCCAGCGCAUACGUGCCCCCUCCAAAGACUUCAUCUGCGCCUCCUCCCAAAGAGACAACAAUCUGCACUCCGUCCACAUACGUCAGCUCCAGCGUCGGGGAGGGCAAGACCACCUAUUUGUCUACCAAGACUGUGGUCAUUCCUGUCACCACUGUUACUGAGAAGCUCUCGACCGUCACAGCACCUUACCCAUACACCACUACCGGCACCAGUACCAAGACGGUCACACAGCUCACCACCUAUUUGACUACCAAGACCUACUCGACUGUGACUACUAUCUACAACACCAAGGUAGAGAGCGAAGUCAAGUCCGCUACCAAGGUUGAGACCGUGCCAGUUGUCUCCACCGGAACUUCCUACAAGACCAGCGUCUCCACUGCUAAGGAGACCAUCACAAGCUCAAAGACCACCGGGUCUGUCGUCACGGAGACUGCAAAGAAGCCGACCACGUACAUUACAACUGGCACCACCACGGUCUGCACAACGUCCAAGGGCGGCUAUGGCGACGGCUACUAA